UAUUAUAAUUAUAUAUAUUAUGUUUUGUGUUUUAAAAAGUUAUUUAAAUUGUAAUAUCAAUAUUAUAUGAUAAAACGAUGUGUCAUAUCUAAAUAAAGUGCAUAUUUAUUCACAGAAUCAGAUGAAUGACCCAGUUUCGAAAUCAUGGUUAAUAUGGUGAUAACCAACUGAAGUUAUUUGAAAUUAAAAUGAACUAUUUUAUAUACGAAAUACGGCUAUCUUCCAAGUUUUUUUUCUUAACAUACCGAAAAUAUUGAAAAUAUAGAACACGGUUGCGGAUUUUAUUUAUCGAUCCAUAUAAUUGUUUGAUCAAAAUGUCAAUAAUUAUUAUAUUAUGCGUGAAUUUUUAUCUCAUGAACAUUGUUCAGAGUUCUACAUUAACUACACCCCCGCAAUCAGCAGUGGUUGUCGCUUUUGAAGAUAUUUAUGAUUUAUCUUUAUUAGCCAAUACUUUAUCAGAUCAAGGAAUUGAUACUACAUUAAUUAUACCGGCAUCCAACGAAAAUGAAGUUUACGAAACUUUAAUUGAUGUUGAGGUAUUAACAGUGAAAGUUGAAAUUAAAGAAUCAACAAUCUAUUCUGAGAAGAAAACGAUUCAAAUUUGUGAGGCUUUAUUAAAAGAUGAGCAAAUAGCGAAAAAAAUACAGGAAAUUCAACCUACUUUUACUGUGUUUCCUGCACUCAGACAUGAUGGAUGCUUAUUACCAUGGGCAAAAACUGUUGAAUCUAUUCCGGUAAUAUGGACGCGUAAUCGAGAAGAAGAGAUAUAUGUAUUUGAAUGGACUGGUGCUGCUUUAUCAGUACAAAAUACAGGAUUUUGGACUAGAUUAUGGACAAAUAUGUCAAGAAGAUCAAUAUUUUACACAGUUCGAGACGAAUAUAUAAUAUAUGCUCUUCGAAUAGCAGGAAAAUAUUUGCCACAUACCGAUGUCAAUUUAGAUAAUUUAUAUGAUGAUGUUCAUCUUAUUCUUUGGGGAGCUGAUGUUAUCUUACGUUCAGAUUUUGCACCACUUACCCAAUUGAUAGUGGAAGUUGGUUGUCAUCAUUGUAGAGGCCCACAUCCAUUGCAAAAUGAUUUACAUAAAGCAUUAAUUGAGUUUCGAUUGGGUACUGUUGUAGUACUUUUGGACGAAAAUUAUGAAACUUUAAUAAAAGAGCUUGCAUGGAAAUUACCACAGGGUAAAGAAGGCCAAGCAGUGGUUUGGAAGAACAUGAAAUGGCAAAACUUGAAUGAGAAUUUGCCGGAAAAUCUUUUUGUUCAUCCGAGAAUUGAUCGGCAAGAUUUAAUAGGUUAUGGACGUACAAGAGUAGUAUUAAGUCAUUGUGCAGAUACAGAACUUUUGGAAUCUGCAUUUCAUGGAAGUCCAGUAAUAUGUUUUCCUAGAAACUCCUAUGAAGUUAAAAAUACUGCACGAGCGAUCCAAUUAGGUUUUGCACGUUCCGUUGAAGAGAUUGAUACUUUGUCCGGCGAGGAAAUAGCCAAUACCGUGAAUCAUAUUCAUGAAACAAUGAGUUACCGUGAGAAUGCUAGAAAAGUUUCUUUAGCUAUUCGUGAUAGAAUAAAUCCUGCUGUAGAUAGGUUAAUCUAUUGGCUGCGUUAUAUGGCCAGAACUAAGGAUUGGAAUUUGUACUUUUUAAUGCCGGCUAAUUCAGUAAAAACAAUGAAUGAGGAUCUACAAUUUUUUCUUGGCCUCUUUGUAGGAGUUAUAGUAGGAGCAUUUUCUACAAUUGGUUGUAUGUUAACAAGAUAUUUGAUUAUAUCUAAAAAAGUGCAAAGAUCAAAAGGACGAUAUACACGAUGAAAAUGUAACUAAAUCGGAAACGAAAAAAAGAAAUGGAAUUGAUAAAAAGGCUAAUUACGAUCAUUUUUCGCAUAUGUAUUUAUAUAAAUGCACGUAGAGUACAGGUACAUACAAAUACAAAUGGUACGAGCUAGGGUUUAUCUCAUUGCUAAUGAAGAGAUGUAACUAUUAUGAGAAUACUUGAUCGAUAAGAAUGAUUGAUGAUUGAUUGGAAAAAGCUAGAAAGUACGAUAGUAGCAUGUUAUCGUUGACGAGGAGAGAAAAAUAAAUUACAAUUUAUCAAUACUGCGCUCUGUAUGUUGUCUCGUUGCAC